AUGCCGUCUUCAGCAUCACGAGACCGUCCCAGGUCUCAUGGCCGUCAAUAUACCGAUGACGAAUGGGAGCGAGUCAAGCAACCAUUCUUCCACUACUAUAUAGAGAAGAACAUGUCUCUGAAGGAAGCAGCGAAGGUGAUGGCGGACCGAUUCAACUUUGAUGCUACUUUACGGCAGUGGGAACGCCGCAUUGCCCCCGAGAAAUGGAACAUGCCCAAGUACGCCAAUCGAGACGAACGUCUGAAGCAAAUCCAGGAAGCUGGUAAAUCUUUACUCGAAGUCAGCAACAGAGGACGACGUAGGAGUACCGCUUCAGACGGCCGACCAGCUUUAAACGAAGACAGAAACUUGCGAAGGUUCGCUCGAAGAGAGAUCAGCCGAGAUCCAAGACCACGUGCGAAGUCUGUCAGUGUGCUGUCUGACGAUGCAUCUGAUCAAGAAAUGUCAGGCACGAGCGCUGCACCCUCUCCCGCAGCUUCCGAUAUCUACACGAUGGAGUUGCAAGAUUACACCUCCUUUCCUGUACCUCAUUUCACGGAACCUGAUGGUGCAUGGGUAUCAACCUUGCCAGCAUCCCAAGGAUCAGGGCCUCCGGAAAACGACUUGUAUGGUGAUCUGAACUCGCACAGCAAUUUCUCAGUACCCCGAAUCUUUCUCUCCGGUCCGGAGGAGAAGCCUUAUAUCACACCUGAAAUUACCCCAAUCGAAACACAGUCUCAAGUCAGUAUGUAUCGUCCACAAGUCUUCCUGAACGGUAUAACAUUGCCGCACGAUGAACAGAGCCUCAAUAAUGCAGAAUUGAACAUCAGUCCUACCAUACGACUGAACUCGCCACCCGACCUCGGAAACAACUGGCCCAUGCCGAACCAUUUUUCUAGCACAACACAAAGAACUACCGAAGGCUUCCCCGAAUUCAACUUCAGCGAAGUACCUUUUGAACAGUUCAUCACACCAGGAGAACCUGUUAUUAGACCGAGCGAUUUCGGACAGUUCAACCAGCUAGAUGCAUUCGAUAAUGCAAGUCACCAAAUGCAAGACCCUGUUAUCACUCCCAUUAUGCCUGAGGAUACGUUUCCCGACCUUGAUAAUACGCAUGACGACGUACACGCCCUGUUACAAGAACACUACAGCAGAACUGUGCAAAUGGUCCGUGGCUGCCUACAAGGUUGUCAGAAUCUCCCAGGAGGUGAUAAGGCGAUGAGGGAGGGUUUGCUUCAUCACCUUCGCCUGUUAGAAAGAGGCAUACAAGCUCAGAACCGGGAAACUGACAGGAACAUACGCAACACGUUGAAGGAUAUCUCCGUGACGCAGAGAAGGGCUAACCGCAGUAUAUACGAGCUUUCAACACAACGCAAGAAAAAGAUUGCCGAACUCAAAGCACAGCUCGCCGCUCUGACCGAACCUAUCGAGGAGCACUCUUCCUUCGCUUAUGGAUGA